AUGUGCCACCGAAAUCCUCUCGACGAUAGACCCUUCGAGUUUUUCAUCCUGGCAACCAUUCUGGCCAAUUGCAUAGCUCUGGCAAUCAAUCACCCAUAUCCCCAGGGCGACUUCAACGCAACGAAUUUGGCUUUGGAAAAAACCGAACUCUUCUUCCUUAUCAUCUUUACCAUGGAGUCUCUGUUGAAGAUCAUCGCUUAUGGCUUUGUCCUUCAUCCGGAUGCAUAUCUGCGGAACUUUUGGAACGUCCUAGAUUUCUCCAUUGUGGUAAUCGGGUAA